AUGAUUAACGAUACAGGGAGCUCCAAAGUUCAAUUGGAAGGCGACCAUAAAGCAGGGAAAUAUGCUGGUUAUGGUACCACACAUAAGAUCAGAGCUCAGUUAAACUUUAGUGAUGAAAAGAAAUGGAAAAAGUUUUCUAGCAGAAGACUAGAACUCAUUGAUUCAUUUGACUUGAGUCAGCACAAAGCAAGUGAGCAAGACGAUAAUAUAAAACAAAUAGCCACCAUCCUAAGAAACGAAUUCGAGUAUCCUGAGACAUUUUCGGCAGAAUUUGAAAAACUGGUUACUGCUGCUGUUCAAUCGGUGCGAAGAAACAGGAAACGUUCCAAAAAGAAAUUAUUAGACUCGAAGAAAAAAAUUGCUAGUGGAAAAGUUCAAAAAAUUCCUUUGUCUCCCCCUAGCUCAAGUAACAUGGGAUCUUGUUCAGCUUCUAACGCAUCGAGCUCUGAUGAGGAAGCCAGUGUAAAAGAAGAACCUAGUGAGCGGCUUCCUCCUUCUCUUAAUACUAUAACAUCACCAAAAUUGCUGUCCUAUUCGAAUGGCCGCGCUCUUCCACCUGUACCCACUCACGUUCGCUCUUUACUGAAGAAGAAUGCGUCGCUUCUUCAUGAUCCAACAGCGCUAUGUGCACCUGGCGCGGAUGAAACAAUACAAAAGUUUCAUAUGGAAGCUCAGCCACCAGAAAGUGACCAAGAAUACGACUUCAUUGCCAAAUCAAUAAUUAUUGAUAUUGUGAAUAAUGCUAUUCCAUUACCCGAACAAAUUCAAAGAGAUAAAUUCAUUAGGCCAAAUUUAACAGAAAAGACAGGGUGCCAAAGCAAAGUCGUGAUAUCUAACAAUUUAAGAAAACUCAUCCUGUCAAAGAUACAUAACUCAAGAACAUGCUUAGAUAUUUCUAAGGAUGAAAAAUACCUGGAUUCUUUCGCAAAUUUAGAAACACUGGGCAAACAUUCCUUAAUGGCUUCCCUCUCCUUUGUAGUAGAAAGCAGCUUUUCACAUUUACCAUCUUCCACAAAGCAAUAUCUUACUGAACGGUUAUCAUCAAUCGAUUUUUUGACUAUACUAUCGCAAAGGCUAUUUAUGCCUGCUACUCGCAGACUAUUCGCUGAUCUGCCACAAGAAAAAAUUCAAGUGAGAGUGCUGAAUCUCAUAUUAGGAUCUCUUGUGAAAGAUUAUGGAUUCGAUGCAUCUCUGGCUCCUAUCAACGAAAUUAUCUAUCACAUGACGCUCCAUCAAUACCCGCUGGUUUGUAUUAACAAACAACCGAUUUCAAUGACGCCAAACUCCACACCUGACGCCUUGAGCGUGCAUUCUUCAACGAAAGAUGCAAGCAGUCCCGAUAAAAGAGAGUCUCGAGUGACGACAUCUAUCACGUCGACGAAUAAUACUAUUAUUACAUUGCCUUUAAGAGAGGCGCCAAAUACAUACGAUGGUGACGGAUUAAAGAUGCUGAGCGCGAUUUCAUUGCAGAUUGAAAAUUCCACGGUUUCCGAACCAUUCAGUACUAUUUCAAAAUAA